AAACUUGGGAGAAGAAGACACAUUUCUAAGCGUAUAGGCUGUAUGGCACGUGUUGCGUUUCGCAUCCUUGGUCAUGAUGGUUACCUUCUCAGCAUAUUCGAAGAACAGCACAAUUAUCCUCUCACUUCUCUCCCUUACAGGCCAUUUUUGAAGAUCAACAGGAACAUUGAUCUAGGCCAUAAGAAGUUCAUACUCAACUGUGCUAAAGCGAAUAUUGGCACCAUGAAAUCAUACCGACUUUUCAAGGAGUCCGUUGGUGGGUAUUCAAGUGUUGGUGCUACUGCUGUGGACUUCAAAAACUUCAAACGCGAUUUGAAGGCCUAUAUUGCUAGUGGAGAUGCUCAAAUGGUUAUUGAAAAAUUAUUCUGGAAAUCAGAAGUAUGCCCUGGAUUUAGGUUUGAUUAUGAAGUUGACGAGUAUGACCAGGUGUCAAGGCUAUUUUGGUGUGACGCUGCUUCUAGGAAAAGCUACUCCCUUUUUGGUGAUGUUGUUUCCUUUGAUGCCACAUAUAAAACCAACAGGUACAUGAUGAUAUUCGCUCCGUUCACUAGUGUCGACAACCAUAAAAAGUGUGUGACAUUCGGCUUUGGCUUACUGUCAAGCGAGGACGCUGAGUCAUAUUCAUGGUUGUUGAGAUCAUUCAUGAACGCGAUGGGAAUGCUCCAAACUGCAUCAUAACUGAUAAAGAUCCUUCAAUGCGAAUUGCAAUUGAAGAAGUCUUACCACAAACCAAGCAUCGCUAUUGCUUGUGGCAUAUU